AUGAUAGGAUAAAGCAAAACUGAGUUACAUUAAGUCUUUAAGAGCUUCGAUAAAGAUGGAAGUGGAUUUGUAGAUAAGUCAGAGCUUCAUGCAAUAGCCUAAUAACUCAAUCAGGAACUCAGCAAAGAAGAGGUUGAUAAGGUAUGGUUAUUGUAUUAUACUUUAGUUAAUGUCAGUUGUAGAUAUAAAUAAAGAUGGUCAAAUAUCGUUCGAUGAGUUUUGGAAUUGGUGGCAAUUCGGAAAAAAUGGGCAUUUAGAAAAACUAGUAUUUACGAAACUGAAGCUUAUGAAUUUACUUAAGAAGGUUAACUCAUAAUUCACAAGAUUUGGAAUUUCUAUCUUCGAAAAAUAAGAUAAUACUUUUGAUCACCAUUAUUGGGCAAUAAAUUAUGGUGAUUAACCCUGUCAUUUAAGAGUUGAUAGCACAAUCUUAUAUAAUGGGAAAGGAAUUGCAGAAGCCUUAAAUAAUGAAAACAAAGCAUUAAAGGGAGUCUAAUUAACUCCAGGGAAGUUUUUCGAUAUAACCUUGAUGAUUCGAGCUCUGUAACCUGAAGUAGCAAAACAAAAGUUUUAAGAAUUAUACAAUGACUUUAUGUAAAAAUUAUAAAAGGAUGAAUCUUCAGAAUCAUAAGAAGUUAUUGAAUUUCUUUCAAAGUGUGACUUGAAAGUUACAUCAAAUACAGAUAGUGUAAUUGAUUUAUGUAUUAUUCUAGAUCAUUAUCCAAUUUACAGUCAAACAUCCCUUAGUCUAGGAUUUUAUUGAGACCUAAUACACUCCUUUUUCAGAAUAAUUGGGUGAGGAUCUUGAAGUUUAGGUAGAAUUCAAUGUUGGUGUAAAAAAUGGAUUGAAAAAGAUGAUGAAAAAGAAUUAAAUUUUUAUCAAGUAUUUGCUAGAAGGUUUCUUGGUUGAAUUCAAAACUAAAUUUAAUUCAUCUCUUGCUAAAAAGGUAUUCAAUUUGGGGCUUUUUAUGCUUUAACAAGCACAAUCAAAGAAAAUGCAAUAAAAAAAGGUCCUUUCGAAAUAUAAAUAAGCAUUUACAUUCCCACUCCUUUUUAAACACUCAAAAUUUCAUUUACAAUUUAAAAAUAUGGAAGAUGUGGAUGCUUUCCUAAAAUCUCUAGGUCUAGAGGAACUAGUCGAAGAUUAACCUAAUGCAAGGGAUUUAUUACAGGAGAUUAUUUAAGAGGAUGAAAUACAAGAAUUUAAAAACCCAGAAGAAGAUGCAUACAUCAUCUAUUAAUUUUAUUAAUUUGGAAAACAAUACUUGAUUGCUAAAGGAUUAGCCUUUGCAUAAUUUCCAAACGGAAUUGCUAAAUUUGAAUUCAAUUUUGAAGGAUUAGCUGAUGUUAUGGAAUGCAUAUUUAGAGAAGAUGCAGAAAACUAAAAGAAGAAAUAGAAAUGA